UCUCCUAGUAUUUCAUCUUUAUUAUCAAUUUAACUUCCAUCCACAGGAUUUAAUCAUCACCUCUUUUUUUUUUUGUUGUGAGAGGGGAAAGGAGCAGAUUGUGUUGAGCCGAAGAAAAGUUUUUUUGACUAAUCUACACGAGGGAAGAAAAACAUCACCAUCAUCAUCAUCAUCGUCAUCAUUAUCAUCAUCGGCUUAUUUCAGCUCGUGCAGUGGAUGAAGCUCAGAGAGCGCACACAACCGAAUAAAGGGAUUUGGAGAAAAUGACAAGUUUGUGCGGAGUCCAUCAACACCAGCUCAUCCUGUUAUUGGCUGCUGCCAUGGUGAUGGCGAUUGAUUCGUCACACAACCUGGCCAGUGAGAGGAGUUCGAUAGAAAGCACCUAUGAACUCACCAAGUACCUGGAGUAUCAGCUCAAGGAGAUCAAAGACGUAUAUCUCACCUACCUAGGCCCUCCAUUCAACGAGAAAGACUUCUCCCCCCCGCGGCCCAACAGCACGGCUCUGUCCCUGCCCAUUGCCGCCACCCGCCUGGAGCUGUGGCAUGGCCUGGAGAACCAAGCCCGCCUUGCCCAGAACCAGAAGGCCUACUCUGUGCUGCUGGCGGCUGUCAGGGAGCUAGCCCGCUCCACCCUCUGCCCCUCCCUCAAGACCUCCUUGCUGCACUUUUGCACGGGCCUGGACGGACUGCUGGGCUCUAUAUCUGCGCUGAUGACCACGCUGGGGUACACGCUUCCUCCUGCAUCUGCAAACAUGAGAAGUAGCGCUGGCGAGCUGCAAUACCCUCAGAGUGGGAUAGGAGGCGACCGGCCAGCUCCGCUGAUGAGCCAGAGCCUGUACAGAUCCAGAGCUGGGUCUAGGCCGGAGGCGGGUCACCGUAACACCCAGAAACGAAGUGGGGUGAGGGUGGUCAGAGGAGAUCGCGAGGAUGGCGUCACCGUGGACCUGAUAGAAAAGAAAAGGGCAAAUUCGGGGAGGAGAGCUGAGACGACUCAAGCUGGAGGAAGGAGUGGCGGAUCGCGGGAGAAGGGAAGAGGAGACAGAGGGAGGAGAGGAAAGAGGGAGGAGCCCCAGAGCAGGAUAUGGACCGCCACCGAAGACGAGAGAGCGGGGGAGGAGGGAGAGGAGGAGCUGGAGCGAGAGGUAGGGGCGGAGAGAUGGGGGAGGAGGUUGUUGAGCAUCAGCGAGGAUGGCGAGGAGGAGGGGAGACAUUCGGAACCUGGGGUCGAAUUGUCUUACCUGGACAUGCAAAGAUCCGUCUCCCUUCUUCAACCAACCAUCGUUGACAACAACAACAAUCGGUACAGCUACAACCUGAACUCACGUCACACAGACACCAUCAGAAAGGAAGACGGAUUUUUUGAGGUGAAAAGCAGUGGGUUAAUGCUGGAGGAGGGGCAGCAAACAAAUAUGGAGGCGGCCUCCUCUUCCUCAGCUUUCUAUCACCAGCGUCGGCCUCCUCGAUCCCUCUUCCCCCCCACACUCCAACCUCCCCUCUCCACACUCUCCCUCCUCUACCAGUUCGGAGCAGGUGAGAGGCACACCCUCCUCCCCCAGCCCGUCCCCCUGUCUUUACAAAGGGGCACCUCCCUCCUUUCGCCCCCUUUGACCCCGCUGCUCUCCUCCUCCUCCUCCUCCUCCUCCUCUUCUUCCUCACUCCUGUCCGUGCGGCCGACGAUGAACGACUUCGCCAGGAAGGUGGAAGGGUUUUGGAUAUUGCGGGAGCUGCAGAGUUGGCUGUGGCGAUCGGCGAAGGACUUCAACCGCCUCAAGAAAAGAUUAAGAGGUUGAGACACUUCAACGGGAUGGGACACUGAGACAAAAUACACACACACACACAAACACACAAAUGUGCAUUAUAAUGGAAAUCGUACCCAUAACGAAUUGCACAAAAUUCGGCUUGAAACCAACUGAGAGCUUUGACCGACAAACGCACACAAACACACUCAUGCUUUAACGCAUUCAUUCAUACUGUACUGGAAUAAAUGAAUGAAGCACGAAUUGGCAGGUCACCAGAGGCGCUAAUGGAAUAUAACACACACAAAACCCAACACAUUACCAGCACUGUCACUCUCUCUAAUGCACAUAGCAGCUCAUUGAGCGAGACACGCUGAGACUGGGCUGAGUUACCGGACUUCACGGCUCAUAGAUCAACAGAAAUACCACUGUAGGUGGUUAGACACAUGCACGCACGAGGGUAGACGUAGUGUCAGGCAGCGAGAGGGACAGUGCAGCCAUUGAGCGAGAACUGAUUCAGCGACCUCCAGAAGUGUGAAUCAGCAAACUUCAUUUUCUCGAAAAGGCGGAAGGGAAAUUAUUCUGAAUGGGUAAAAGACAAAAGGAGAGCAGAGCGGAGGAAAUGGCCAGAGGGAUGAAGAGGAGGAGAGGAAGACUCGGAAAAGGGACAGGAAGACGGGAGGAGGCAUGAGUCAGGGGGUUCCGCACUGGGAAUAAUGGGCAGAGGGGUACUGCUGAGUAAUCGUAAGAUGGACGGUCAGUUACAGUAACUCUAUAAAAGCGCUACACAUACUGUCCAGACAGAGAGGUGGUCAUACACAGACUCACCCUCACUGUGGUAUUUGGUGCCUUAACAAACAAUUCGCUUCUUUGCUGCUUUUGAUUCAGUGCUCAUAACUUUCACCACUUUAUAAGGAAUUUAUCCCAGAGCUAGAAACACCAUAAAAAUAUUUUAUCAUGGAAUUAUUGACCUGCAAAAACCUCAGUAAAGGUCUCCUGUAAGAAACAGUUUUCACAUUUUGGGAAUUUUUCGGAGCUUUCUUGAUUUGAUAUGAACCUUUGAUUUACAAAAUAUCUCAAGACGAGAACACACAAAACAAUAACAAAUGCUCAAACAAGCUGAUAUGACAUUGUUGUUAUAUUAUUGUUUCUAACUCCCAUUGCACAAUGUAACCCUGGCCAUAUGUCUGUCCCGUCAUCGUAUCGCUCUGUUUACACACACUUACGGAUUCAUACAAACCAGGCUUUUGGAAAUCUGCAAUAUGGAAGGUGUUUGUAAAACUCUCUUAAUUACUGACUUACAACAAGUAACAAACAUUUCAUUUUGAAACCCUGUGGUAGUUCAAACUCCCUCUGAAAGCUCAUUUUCACAUGUGAGCGAAGUAAACACACAAGAUUGUUAGUUAGAGCCCCCUAGCAGUUCCCGGCAGGUUCUGCUGUUGAGCUUCUUCUGUACUUCUGUGUUCUGAUGCCACAGGCUGCAGCAGCUUUUUUCAUUGGCUCCGCAGCUGCACUGUAGCUGAUAUGCACUUCCUCAAAAAUGUAACUGCACAUCAAGGCUACAGCAGCGAGACACCACAUGGUGACCACAAGAGCUGUGACUGGUCAAAACGGCAUGUUUGUGUUUUUGUAUCAGUUUCCACAGGAUCAUCUUUUGGAGCCUUUUCCACUGCAGCACUUCUGCUCACCAUAACAAUGACACUCAAUGAAAAUACUGCAAAAGUACCAAUUCCUGUGGAAUAUGAUUAAAGCACAACAUGACCUUAACAGUACAUGUUGACGUGGUGCUGUCCAUGGGCGAAAUCUGACGCCGAACCAUAAAUCUAAAGCUACUUUGCAGGUAUCUAUGACGGCACCUCCCUUCCGUUGAUCGUAAAUCUGGCUUAAGUCUUUGUGCUAAACUAAGAUCACCAUCACCUGGUUUGAGCUUUAUGUCUUAACAGGGAGACAUGAGAGUGGUAUCAGUCUGCUCGUAUAACAUUCUGAAAGAAAGUUCCCCAAAUGUCAAACUGUUCCUCUUCUUCGUCACUUCGCACUCCUCAGCACAAUUGUUUUUGGAAUUCUUGUUGAAAAUUGUUGAUUUUUUUUGUCCCUUUUAAAACCAGAAAUCGAUCUCUUUCCUUUUAUUUACAGAUGUUUUUUGUUAUAUAAAUGUAAUGCUAUGUCUUUGAAAUGUGCCUUAGAUGACAUGGCGUAAGGUUAUGGAUCAUAUCUCUAUAAUAUUUAUUGAACAAGAUGUUUAUUUAUUUUUUCUCCAGUGUGAAAAUACUGUAUUGUUACUCAAGAGAGAAUAAAUAGUAGCUUUUG